AUGCCACCUUCCUUAGAUCAUCUUCACAUCAGAGCUUGUUUUCGUUUGGAAUUCUGGAACGAAGUGGAAGUGAGCCUUUGUUUCUACACCGAGAACGCACCAGAUUUGGUAGAUGCGAUACUUCAAAAAAUAACGUUCACUCAAGAUAACAGUGGAUUGGCAGCAUCAAAAUGGUUGGAGCGAAUUCUGGACGUCACGAAUUGUGAAUCGCUGAGUCAAGUGGAUCUCAGGGGAUCUCCACAGCUUGAUGUGCGCGACACUUUUGCUACAAUUCAAAAUAUCGACAAAUUAUACAUCCACGGGGAGUGUCCCAAUACUUUUGCAAAGAAGUUUCUGGAAAUCAUCUCACCGGUUGCCACAGAAAUAACACUGUUCAAAAUUCCGUUUGAGACCAGAAAAGAGUUCCAGACCUUUCUGAAGAGCAAUCUAAACUAUUUGACUAUUUUCACUAACAAGUUCCCGACGUUCAAGUUUACUGUGGGGGAUCUUAUGGUCACGAAUGCGCUUAAAUUGAAUAUCGACAAAUUGAAAUUAACUGUCAAAGAAAUCAAUAAAUUCUUCAAAAAUUGGGUGGAAAAGAAAUGUGAUACAAGACUCGAGCACUUGUCACUGUCUACAAACGAAGAUGUCGAUGAACGAAAUCUCCUGGAAGGAUUGAAGACGGUUCGUUUUCCAGAAAACCAAGAAAGAACGUUUCACUACUCGAAAGAGCUGGACUCUUCAUCAGACUCGUUUUCUGGAGGAUACGAUUUAAGAAGAGCAGAUCGAAACAAGGCCACAAUCACAUUUGGAGACGUUUAUGGGGAUACGUACAUCAGUUUCUAUGCUUGGAAAUGA